GGCUUUAUUGCUUUUUAGCGUAUGACCUUUAAGCAAUCAGAACUCUGAACAUGCAUUGCGAAACUCCUUAAUCUUCAGAUUGUAGAAAAUCGUUCUUUCGCAGAGAAACAUCAUCUGAAUACACCAAUGGCAGACGCAGGAUCAGCCGGUGAACGUGGUAGAGGUCGUGGUGGUUUUGGUAGAGGCAGGGGUGGCCGAGGAAGAGGACGUGGUCGUGGCCGAGGAAGAGGUAAAGCAGAAGAAAAAGUAUGGACACCAGUCACCAAACUUGGUCGUCUUGUCAAGGAUGGCAAAAUCAAGACAUUGGAGCAGAUAUACUUGUAUUCAUUACCAAUCAAAGAGUUUGAAAUAAUUGAUUAUUUCCUUCCCCCAAGUGUAUUGAAGGACGAGGUCUUAAAAAUCAUGCCUGUCCAAAAACAAACCAGAGCUGGUCAACGUACUCGUUUCAAGGCUUUUGUUGCAAUUGGUGACCAAAAUGGACAUGUUGGACUUGGUGUUAAGUGCUCUAAAGAAGUUGCCACUGCAAUUAGAGGUGCCAUAAUCCAAGCUAAGCUGUCAAUUAUCCCUGUCAGAAGAGGAUAUUGGGGUAACAAAAUUGGUGAUGUGCACACAGUGCCAUGCAAGGUGACUGGGAAAUGUGGAUCCGUUACAGUGCGUCUUAUUCCAGCUCCUCGUGGAACUGGCAUUGUUGCUGCUGGUGUAUCCAAAAAAUUACUCCAGAUGGCUGGUAUUCAGGAUUGUUACACUUGCUCGUGUGGUACCACAGCUACUGUUGGUAACUUUGCUAUGGCAACAUAUCUUGCUAUUGCUCGUACAUAUUCUUACUUGACUCCAGACAUGUGGGCCGAAACUCAAUUCUCCAAGACACCAUAUCAAGAAUAUACUGAUUACUUGGCUAAGAACCAUGCUCCAGGUGGCAAACCAGCACCGGCAGCUGUCACGGCUUAACUUUUAAGCUUAUGUGAAUAUGAUUUCAGAAUAUCAACUUUUAUGAUAAA